AUGAAGUCAUUUUUCGCUCUUGGCGCUCUGGCCACCUUGUUCCAAUCCGCAUACUGCCUCGCCCCUGGCGCCUACAUUAUUGAUACAGCCAAACAAGACGGCUUAGCUCUGACUCAGGAGGGCGACAAUACUCCUCUCCGCUUUACAUCGCGGGUUCAAUUCUGGGAUUUCACUCCUACAAAGGGCGGCUACUUUGAAAUCCGCCAUGAAAGUGGUGCCUACAUCAACUGCGACCAAACGGGUGACAGGAUCUGCUUCCCCGGUGACCGGCCCCAAGCUUUCCUCCCGGAGUUCCAGGGAGAAAACAAGUACGAGCUUGUGGAACAAGGCUCGGGAUUGUUUUUGCGUUUCGACGGGGAGGGUAACCUGUUGAAGUUGGCUGAGUACGAUCAAAGUAUUGAGGAGCAAUUCGCUCUAAUUCCUCUUGAUCAAUAA